AUGCUGACCACCCGUAUACCCCGCGCCGAGAGUAAAGGCGAGAGUUACCAACAGCGUAUGAUUAUUUGCUCAAAAGACGGGUCAAAAACUGCUACCAUCAUGCAUACUGUCAAUCCAAAUAUCGUCCCAGUUGCGGCUGCUGCGGCCGGAACCGCGCCUGCACACGUGGACCACGCACCAGUACCAGCCCGAAGAAAGAAGAACAAGAAAAAGGGAAAGGGUACGACACAUUCCCCCACAUAUCAAUCAACCCACUCAACUCCAAAUGGCACGUCGGAACAUAUUGACUAUGAGGAUGAUGAAGAUGACUAUGUAUACGAUGAAAUAACAGAGAAUCGCGGACGAGGCGAGCACCGUGGAUCUAUAGCUAGCUCAACCCAUCCAAAUUCACUGUCACCAGAUGAUGACGGACUUUUGUCCGACGCCGAUGGUGGAAGUCCUUCGUAUAAUCCCGCCUCUGAAUCGAAAAAUAAGAAGAAAAAGAAAAAAAAGAGACAUUCGGACACGUCACAUCAUCGGCACAAUGAUAUCUGGUACAAGUCAGAUGCUGAAGAGAAACAGCGGAUACGUGAAUUUUGGUUACAGCUCGGGGAGGACGAGCGACGCGCGCUUGUCAAACUGGAAAAAGAGGCGGUCCUGAAAAAAAUGAAGGAGCAGCAGAAGCAGACAUGCUCGUGUUCAGUAUGCGGGCGCAAACGAACUGUAAUUGAGGAGGAGCUGGAGAUCCUUUACGAUGCGUAUUACGAAGAGCUUGAAAAUUUUGCUAAUGAUCAGAGCGGGAAAGCUCCAUCCGGUCCUUCUGCAACUCCCAUCGGACAUACACCGUCACCUUCCCGAUCACCACCAUCUCAUCGAAUUCAACAUAUUGAGGAAGAUGAGGAAGAGGAUGGAGAAUAUGAUGACGAUGACGAAGAAGAGGAUGACGAUCAUGACCCAUCUGAGAGUAUCUUCGAAUUUGGCAGCAGCCUCACAGUGAAAGCAGGUGGAAUACUGACAGUAGCUGAUGACUUUCUUAAAAAUGACGGAAGAAAAUUCCUCGAUUUGAUGGAACAGCUGGCUGAAAGAAAAAUCAGGCAGCUCGACGAUGAGAUGGACCGAGGUGGAGAUAAUAACGGCGAUUGGGAUGAUGGCGAGUAUGAUGAUGAGGAUUAUGAUGAAGACGAGGAGGAGGACACCAUGACGGAAGAGCAACGCAUGGAGGAGGGCCGGCGCAUGUUCCAAAUAUUCGCAGCAAAGAUGUUUGAACAGCGAGUGCUACAAGCAUAUCGUGAAAAGGUUGCGCAAGAAAGGCAAAUGCACCUUCUAGCAGAGUUGGAGAAAGAGAAGGAGCAGCAAGCAAUGAGGGAGCUUGCCCGUCAGAAGAACAAGGAGAAAAAGAGGCUCCAGAAAAAAGCUCUAAAGCAGCAAAAGGAGGAGGAGAGACUAGCGUUAGAGCGGAAAAAGCAAGAAGAGGAGGAGCGACUUCGAGUGGAAAAGGAGGCGAAGGCGGAAGCGGAUCGCUUGAAACGAGAAGCCGAGCGAGCAAAGCGUGAGGAGGAACGGGCAAAGCGGGAAGAGGAAGAGCGCAAGAAAAAGGAAGCCGAGCGCACGCGAAAGGAAGAAGAGAAGCGCAGGCAGCGCGAAGCAGAGGAGAAAAAGCGCCGCGAGAAGGAGGAGCGUGAACGACAGGAACGAGAGCGACGAGAACGUGACGAGCGUGAGCGCAAGGAAAAAGAGGAGCGCGAUAGGCGAGAGCGUGAGCGAAAAGAGAGAGAAGACCGGGAGAAGAGAGAAAAGGAAGAGAAAGAACGAAAAGAGCGGGAAGAGCGCGAACGCAAGGAGAAGGACGAAAAAGAGAAACGGGGGCGAGGAGAGGCGCGCCCGCGGCAACAAGUUGUUGUUCAACAGCAGCCGAAGACAGCUCGACCUGUAUCCGCCAAGCCGUCCCCUGGUGGUCUACCUUCAAAAGUUGCAUCUCACGCGCCUACUACAACUCCAGCGUACCGUCCAGGUCCGAUUGGGCGACCAGCUACUGUUCCCAAUACCCGGCCACCUUUGGCGAGACCCCAGGCCAUUGGGUCAGCUAUUGCACAGCCAACGGCAGGUGGUUCCACUAUUCGACCACACAGUACCCAACCUGGUUAUCAAGGGCAACAAAGUUCACAGAAAACUAUUCCUGUCCAAGCGCAGCAAAUUCCUGGUAUGCGACCACCGCCUUCACAUUCGCACCAUCCACUAUCGAUACAUAGUCGACCAGCAGUAGGUCAACAGAACGCAGUAUCUCAGCCAGGAUUUGCACAUCCGGGUUCACGUCCUCUACACAUGUUUGGGCAGCCUACACAUAUGAAUGCCUUGCAUCAAGCAAAUUUGGUACACGGUCAGCCGACACAGGGAGCAGCGCUAGCAUCUUCACCACCACCGCCAAGUACGAUAGGUACACAGAGCCUGGAACAAGCCGACGCAAACGGAAUACCUCCGUCUCGGCUGUUCAGUGGCGCCAGCUUCCCGGCACUUCACUGGUCGGCAACGGAUGGCAUACCCGCAGCGCAGAUUGGGGCGCUUGGAGAUCCUGCAAGAGCCAUUCUUGCGCACAGCAAGCCACCUGUACCGAUUGGCACCGGGCCGCGUACGGACGCGCCAGUGAACGGUAUUGCUCCAAUCGGAGCGAACAAGGCUGUGACGAGACCUGCACCCAUCCGACGACCGUCAGCUGUCGCGCCACCUGCUCCUGUUCAACCUAGUCGAAGUGGCUUCCCGCGUUUGGAGGACGAUGAGCCUGUAGCUGGGAGCGCUGUGCUUGGCGGUGAACUGUUAAAAGAUGAUGAACGCAUUGGCGGAGGUGCUGCCUGGAGAAAACCUUCCUCUGCAGGUAUCCCUUCCAUUGGACCUAAUCACGGAGCUGGUGGACCUGAUCCUUUUGGGCAACCUACAUCUGGAGCACCUGGAGUUCUUGGAGUUGUGAAUGGAGCAGCGCCGGGACCAGCAAGGAUGUUUGACGGAUAUGGACCGUUUGGUGGGUGGGAUGUGCCUUCAACAUUAGGUGGAGGAUUGGGAGAAGAUAUAUCACGAACCCAACCAUCAUCUGCGAAUGUUGCAGCCACCAGUGCACUCCCAUCAGCUAUCGGCCGCGGUGUAUCGAAUAUGCUACCUCCUGGCCCCGGCAUGGGACUACCCUUUUAUCCGUCAACGUUUAUGGGUGGAUCAGCGGUAAAUAGUGGACAGCCAGUUGGUAGUCCCCCCACUACGACGUCAGCCGCUACUCCUGCUAGUACCAUGAUUGGCCGACCUGGACACCUCCCACAGCCAGUAUCUGUGCACGGGCCAAGAAGUGCAUGGAACGGUGGACGUGAGUAG